CUCAUCGAUUUCUCUGGUUAUCUCAGUUGUAGCCCACUUCCCUGUCGCGACUCUAGGGCCACGAACGCCAGCUUCAUAACGACGUCUGCCACAAGCUGAUUGCACUUUCCUGGCCCAGGACAAACACCACAGAUGCAUCAUAUUGCUUGGCCGACGACAUACUUCCACUGGUUCCUCAUGCGAAACCCGUAGAUUUUACGAAUGUGGUGGUUAAAGGCCAUACCUGUAUACUCUGAAUUACCGAUCCAGCGCCAAGCAUGGAUCGCAAAAGAAAACGUGAACUACGCGUUUUGAACGCUCAGGCAUGGGAAGGAGAGAAAGGUGUAUUCCCUGUCAGUAAAUCGUUGGACUCGUCACUCAAGAAGAAUACGGCUUUCAUUAAGCGCCUCCGCACUGCUGUUACUGCUGCCACCCUCAAUACGUUUCUCCAGGAGAUCCGGACCCUCUCCUUGAGCAAAUACCUCUCCGAAAUUAUAUCCGCUUGCUACGAAGGCCUUUGCCGACUGAAAUCUCCGGGGGAGAUCGAAGCAGGAGUGGAAAUUGUCAGCGCACUACACCAGCGAUUCGGACCCGCGGAAUUUACAGAAUACCUUGGCUGGCUAGUUGGCAAGGGGUUGGCAACGCCAGAGAAAGGACUACUUAAGAAUUUGGCAGCGGACUUGAGAGAGAAGGAAGAGAAGGAGCGCCUGACUCGCCAGCGGGUUCUUCUCAGAGUUGUAACGGAGUUAUGGCUUGUUGGUGUUCUCCGGACGCUCGAUGAUGCCAGCCGCCCAGAUGAUGCGUCUCGCGGGAAGGAAUCGCUUUCAGGAGCGGCCAAAGUUAGUGAGGCGAAAGUGAAAGCGGCCAGCAGCAUGAAGGGCGGCGGUAGCGAGCCAUUUCCUCUUGAAGUUUUGAAGGAUUUGCUCGGUCAUGACCGAGACCAUGCAAACCUGCCACUGCUCGUUAUUUUCGUUAAGGCAUUUGGCUGGGAUAUACUUGGCGUGAAGAAGGCAGGCGCCGAAGGCCGUAAAACUGUUCAGGAAGAUGGAGCCACGGAUGCCCAUGGGGAUACGAUGGACGAGGACGACUCUGACGAAGAGACAAUAUCCGCCACAAGCAACGAAGAUGUGCCGUUGGCAUCACCAGAACUGCAAGAACGUUUCAGGAAUAUUCUCAGACGCUAUUUUGACGACCUUAAAGCUCAUAUCGUUCGAGACCAGAAGACACUCGCGUCCCAAGCACGUCGUGACGCCGAGGCAUAUGUCAAAUCCGGCCAAGUCUUUGAAGAUCGCCAGGCGAACUACGAGAAGCAAGUUAAGGUUCAAGAUCGACUUGUAGACAACGCCCAGGUUCUCGCGGACGCUAUUGGUGCAGAAAUGCCAGACCUUAAAGACACGGAAGACCCUGCCGCAGCAGGCGAUGGUGGCAUAGGUUUGGUUAAAACUGGCGAAUACCUCCGUGGCCAAGGCGACGGAGCUGGUAUCUGGGAGGAUGAAGAAGAGCGCAGAUUCUACGAGAAUUUAGUCGACUUAAAGGGGAAAGUACCUGGCAUGCUUUUGGAGGAUACCAAGAAGAAGAAGACUGAUACGGACGAGCAGGUGGGGAAAAGGGGAGAUGCGGCUGAUUCCGGCACAGAAGCAGCCAAAGUUGAAGCCAAGCCAGCAGAAGCCGACGAUCAGUCCACAGCUAUUGCCAAUAAGACCGUCGGUGCCCAAGUUGAUGCUUUAAUUGCACGAUUGCCUGAUCUCACCAAUAAAGACCUCGUCGACCAAGCAGCUAUUGAUUUCUGCUUCUUGAACUCGAAGGCAUCUAGGAAUCGCCUCAUAAAGGCUGUCCAGGAAGUCCCCAAGGGCCGUAGCGACCUGUUGCCGUACUGGUCGCGCCUCAUAUCGACACUUGGUAAAUACAUGCCAGAUACCACGAAAGGACUGGUGGACCACCUCGAUAUGGAAUUCCGCAGCCUCCAGCGACGCAAGGAGAAAGAUUUCUUGGGGCAAGUCCGCCUCAGUAAUAUUCGGUACCUUGCCGAGCUUACCAAAUUCGGGGUUGUACCUGAGCAUGUCAUAUUCCAUUGCUUAAAGGUCAGCCUGGAUGAUUUCUCGAGGAUGAACAUUGAGAUUAUAUGCAACCUGCUCGAAAACUGCGGCAGAUACCUUUUCCGGAACCCCGAAACCUCGCCGCGCAUGACAUCCUUUUUGGAAACUUUGCAGCGCAAGAAAUCUGCCCAGCAUAUCGGUCAGCAAGAGCGUAUGCUGAUUGAGAACGCCGUUUACUACGUUGACCCCCCUGUACGGGCGGCUAUACUCCAAAAUGAGCGCACUCCAAUAGAUUUGUUCAUCCGAAAGCUCAUCUAUCUAGAUAUGAACAAAAAGAACUAUACGAAGGUUCUCAGGCAGGUUAGGAGGCUUCACUGGGAAGAGCCAGAGGUUACCAAAAUCCUUGAAAAGGUCUUUUCGAAACCAGGAAAGGUCAAGUAUGGGAACAUCCAUCUCCUCGCCAUUCUGGUCAGUGCGCUGCAUCGAUAUCAUCAGGAUUUCGUCACCACCGUGAUCGAUGAUGUUCUCGAGUAUAUCACACUCGGCUUGGAGCAGAACGAUUUCAAGUACAACCAACGGAGACUGGCUGAAGUUAAGUACCUGGCCGAGCUUUACAACUAUCGAAUGGUCGACCAUCCGGUCAUCUUCGAUACUAUGUAUAAGAUCAUGACAUUUGGCCAUGGUGGAGUACCAAACCCGGCGCGAGUUAACCCCUUUGAUAUGCCCGACGACUUCUUUCGAAUUCGAUUGGUGGCUACACUCCUCGAGACUUGUGGCAUAUUCUUUAAUCGUGGGGCUGCUGGAAAGAAGCUUGACUACUUCCUAUCGUUUUUCCAGUAUUACAUCUACACCAAGGACACUCUACCGAUGGACAUUGAAUUCAUUGUCCAGGAUACCUUUUCUUUAACCAGGCCCCAAUGGAAGCUUGCUUCAAACAUUGAAGAAGCCAGCCGUGCAUUCCAGCUUGCCGUUGCGCAAGACCAGAAAACCUCUGGCGUCGAGAAGGCUGUCGAAGUCGAAGAGCCUGAAAUUGAUGAAUCGUCAGACGAUGGAGACGGCGAUGCUGGUCUUCCAGCUGGUGAUGGCGAUGAGUCUUCAUCAGAAGAUGACGAGGCCGAAGCCAAUGGUGACGAUGAAGUGUCUCGCCAUGGGUCUGAGUCCGAAGAGGAAGAAGCAAUUGUUGUCACUCGACAGGAUGAGCAAUACGAUCCCGAGGACGAUGCUGACUUCGAACGCGAGUAUGCCAAGAUGAUGGCUGAGAGCUUGGAAUCCCGAAAAUUCGACAGAAAGCCAAUGUUCGAUGUGCCUUUACCCAUGCGUCGUAGCAACAGGGAAACCACAUCCACUGUCGAGUCAGGAAGUGAUGAACAUGCGGCACCUGUUGUCGCCCCCGCUCCCCCCAAUACUAUGGCAUUCUCACUAUUGACCAAACGAGGAAAUCGCCAACAGACUCGAACGGUCGAAUUACCGUCUGACUCCAACUUCGCAAUCGCCAUGAAGACCCAACAACAGGCCGAGCGAGAGGAGCAACAGAGAAUCAAGAGUCUAGUGUUGAACUAUGACCUUCGCGAAGGAGAAGAACAAGAUGGCAUUGAAAAGCUUGCUGGCGUUUCGCAUUCCAAGACUGACAAGUCUGGGAGCAACCGCAGCGGGCAGCGAUCACGGAAGCUACAACUCAGCGACGUGGACUGGACGUAGAAGUUACCCUGUAGCCUUGCAGCUUCAAGGUUUACUAUACCAAUUCAUACACAUCGCCCAAUCGUGCGACUACCGACCUCGUCGGCUUUACGGGACCCCCAUACGGCCUCAACAUGCGAUAACAUCGUCGAGCCUCAGUUGGUAGAGUCAAUGUGCACCACUUGCAGAAUCCUCGCUAGCUACAUCGCCAAUGCUGCUUGCCAUGCCACAAAGAACGCUUCCGAUUCGGGAACAACACAUGAGUAUAGCCAUGGCAACGCGGUUAUGUGAAAGCAGUGAAUGCCCCGGCGGAGUAGGACGUGCUGAAGAGGAGAUUUUCUCUUAUAGUGAGGCCCUGACGGACGGUACGAUUCUGCAGCUUCAAAGGGUCGGUGGCACCAUCUGAUGGCGGUUGGACUGAAGAAGACAUACAAUAGAUGGUCGUUGCCACGCUACCGUAUAUAUCCGAGCUAUCCAUCAACUGAUAACGUCUUCUGAAUACAUGCUGAAAUGCUAGUAGCCUUUUCC